AUGAUUGCUUUCCGGCAAAAACUGUUAAACUUGAUCAAGAGUUUCAGAAGACAAUGGCCUUUGUUUUCAAACUCUGAGAGGACUACUGUAUGUGGAGCAGACUGCAUGCUGAUGGCAUUACAGUUGUCAAUGGCUGAAGUCAAUAAACAGCACUAUGGAGAUUUCACAGUGUCGCUUAGUGAUGUGUUGGAAACUUGGAAAUAUUUGUUACAUGACAAACUGGGAUUAUCAUAUGAAAACAUGAAAGAACCUGAAAAUUAUCUGGACAUAAAAAAAGCCUAUCAUGCCUUCUUAGCAAGAAGCAAUAUGUUAGAUCUAAUAGACAUAUAUCAGAAGUGCUAUGAUCUUGGACUAGUAUCUGAAGAUGAAAGCAUAGCCCCUGUUCAACUAUUGGAAUUUUUUUCUGACAUAAUGAAUGUACAAGCAAAUAAUGGUUCUGUUCUUUCUACUCCUUCUACCCCAGUCAAGAGGCAGGGCCAGGAGAAUGUGAAGGUGAAAAUCCUGGCAAAGAAGUGUGUUUGUUCCUACUUAAGCCUGUUGGUGAAUUCUAAGGAUGAUCUGGCAUUGGCUCAUAUUCUAAAUGUUCCUGACAGAGGACUUGGUAGAGAAGCCUUCACUAACCUAAAACAUGCCUCACAGAAGAGAAAAAUGUCCACAUUCCUGAUGGCAACAUCUUUUAUCCGAACUGUAGAACUUGGAGGAAGAGGCUGUGCAUCUUCCUUAUUCGAUCCUUUAAGAAUCCAUGUAAAGGGGCUUUCGGACUUUGUAAAUUUUGUUGACAAACUGCAAGAAAUUGUUGGUGAAAUCUUAAAUCCAAGAAUUGCAGGGGGGCGAAUUAUGUCAACAGUGAAGAUGCAUUUGAUAAAAGGCCGAAGCAAUGGGGAUCCUUUCUGUCAGGCAGUAGAGGAAGUUGUACAAGAUUUGGAUUUGAAGAUUAAAAAUAUUGUCGAUUCACAACAUGAAGUCUUGACUGACAGCACUACUGGAGUGAGUCCAGCACGGCCAAAAUUGCAUUCCAUAAAUCGUGGCACUGCGUAUUGUGGCAGAGAUACUGUAAAGGUCUUACUAGUUCUUCUGGAUGACGAAGCUGUCAAUCCUCCUACUCAGAACAAAGCAGAACUAUUAUAUGACGAUGAAAGCUUAAAUUUGUUUGGAAUCACCUCUGUUAUGACUCUCUUCAGAUCUCCAGCACAAUCCAAUGGAUCUUCUCCAAAACCUCUUAGACAACGUAUUCAGAAAUCUAUGGAUGAGAAGAAAAUGAAGGUGAAGCAAUCUUCAAUCAAAUCUCAGUUUGCGUGUACAUAUAAAAAUGAUUUGAGUGAAAUAAAAAGUCAGCAUUUCCUCAGCAGUAACCAAAUUCCAACCUGCCUACAUCCUGCACCAAAGCAAUGUCUAAAAGAUAGAUAUCUCACAGAAGGCAUGAAUUCAUGUCUUGAUGUACCAGUGCUUGGAACUAUUUCUGAAAAUGUUCACCACACUAGAAGUUAUACAGAAAUGGGAGAGCUGAGUUGUCAGCCAAGAAACAAGAACUCCGAGAAUGAACAGAUGGAUUUGAAUAAUGACAAAGUAAUCUGUGAUAAGGAAAGUGAACCAUCUUUGCAAAAAAAUGCCAAAAGACCUAAGACUUCAAACAACCCUCAGAAGGAAUUGGACAGCAAAAUCGAUGGAAAAAGAAAACACAGCAAAACUGCAAGCAAGAAAAAGUUGAUUGCUGGUCAGGCAAAAUUAACUCACUUUUUUAAACUAUAAGUUUUUGUUUUGACAUACAUAGUAUGUUCAGCAGUUGUAAAAUUUGUGAGAAAGGUUGAAAUUCAUAAAUUCCUUCCUUUCAUACUCAAAGUAGUGGAAGUAGUUUGUAUGUAAUAUUAGACAAAAUCUCAAGUCUGGAUUAUGCAGAGGUCUUUUAUUUU